AUGACACAUCUGAACAUCACUGUCAACUUCAUGAUAAAUCUGAACAUCACUGUCAACUACUUUAUCCAUCUGAGCAGCUGUGUCAACUACAUGAAACAUAUGAACAGCAAUUUCAAUAACAUGACCGAUGUGAACAGCACUGUCAACUACAUCACUAUCAACUUCAUGACUUAUAUGAACAGCGCUGUCAACUACAUGACACAUCUGAACAGCAUUGUCAACUACAUAUCAUAUAUGAACAGCUUUGUAAACUACAUGACACAUCUGAACAUUACUCUUUUAAAGGGUACCGGCAUUUACUUAAAUGAGGACCUACCAAAGACAAAUUCAGAAUUCUUAGCAUCACUGCGUCUGAAGGAACCUGAGAUAGAAGAGAGGGCCAGGUCCCGCGACGAAAAACUGUUUGUACGCUACCGAAGACAUGAGCGCAUCGAGCUAGUGUCAUCCGACAAAUACAGGCUCUGGCAGGCAAAGCCAUGGCCAAACAAAAACCAGGUGACAUCCGGAACAACCUACGCCCGCAAAGUUCCAGAUGGGGCAACUCGAGACCGAGAGAGAGAGGAAGAGAGAGAAAGAGACGAGAAGAGGAGAGAAGAGAAGGAGGAAGAGAAGAGAAGAGCAGGCCGCGAGAAAGGGGAGAGAGCGAGCGAGAGGAGCGAGAGAGGAGAGAGCAAAGAGAAAGGAGAGAGAGAGAGCAGAGAGAGAGAGAGCGCGAGGGCAGAGAGAGGAGCGAGAGAGAGAGGGAGCGAGCGAGAGCAAGAGCGCGAGAGGGAGGGAGGAAGAGAGCAGAGAGAGGCAGGGAGGAGCGCGAGAAGAGAAAGAAGAGCGAGAGAGCGAGAGGAGAGAGAGGGAGGAGGGAAGAGAGAGAGACGGGAGGAGCGAAGGGAGAGGGAGAGGGAGAGAGAGAGGAGAGAAAGAGAGAGAAAAGGGAGAGACGAGAGAGAGAGAGAGGAGAGAGAGAGAAGAGGAGAGAGAGAGCGAGCGAGAGAGGAAAGAGAGAGAGAGAAAGAGAGAAAGAGAGAGAGAGAAGAGAGACAGAGAGAGCGAGAGCGAGAGAGAGAGAGAAGAGGAGGAGAGAAGAGAGAGAGCAAGGAGGAGAAGAGGAGAGAAGAGAGAAGAAAGAGAGAGAGAAAGAGAGAAGAGAGAGAGAGAGAGGAGGAGAGGAGCGAAGAGAGAGAGAGAAGAGAGGAGAAGAUAAGAGAGAGAGAGAGCGAGAAACUCCAGUCAGAAGAGAGAUCUUCCUCUAAGAGAGAGAGCUUCGAGAAUCUCUCUCAUUAG